AUUCUUAUAUGCCUCACAGCGCAAACUAUUCAGUCUAUUAUUAUUUAUGUGAUUAUCACUACCACGAUAAUAUAAUUGUAUAUCCUGUGUUCUUGUUUAUUUAUUGUUUUCUUUUAUUAUUCAUUGCUGACAGUAAAAGUACACUUAUUUUGUUUCCAAUCAUGGCGCCGAAGGAGUAUGACGUAAUUCAUGGCGACUGUAACUACAACAUCCCGGAGUCGCUGAAGCCAUAUUUAUAUAUAUGAUAAAAACACAGCUUUUAACUCCAGAAAACGAGUGCACACAGCGAAAGAUAAACGCGUCUAGUAAUGGCAGAGGAGGAAGAGCGCGGUCCCGGUUCGGUCUAUCAGAUGUUUGUAAUGAUGGAAGAUCUUCUGGAUAAACUGAAGAUCCUGGAUUAUGAAAAGCAUAUUCUGGACAAACACAACAUCAAACCUCUAUCGAGGCAUUAUUUUGUAUCUAGCCCCCAUGUGUUGUCAAAUCCCGGAGAGCAGUUUUAUAUGUUCAGUGUCAUUGCGGCCUGGUUGAUUUCUCUAUGCGGGCGUCCAUUUGACACACCACAGGAGUACGACGACCCCAACGCCACCGUCUCCAACAUCCUCUCUGAGCUACGUGCGCUGGGUGGCCAUGUUGAUUUCCCUCCAUCUAAACUAAAGUCUGGAUCUGGAGAACAUGUGUGCUACGUUCUAGAUCAGCUGGUAGAAAAGACACUGAAGAGCAAAGGGUUCACCUGGAACAGGCCAUUGUACCCUUCUGUAGAGGUGGAAGAUGACUGUGUGCAAGAAGAUGAUGCUGAACUUACACUCAGUAAAGUGGAGGAAGAAAUGACACAGGAGGAUGAUGAUUAUGAGGAAGAGGAAGGGCUGGAUUUAGACGCACUGAAGACCAGAACCAAUCAGAGUGAGCUCAGUGGUUCGAGACCUGCAGUUGUGUUGGAGUCAGAUGUCGAUGCUGCCGAGUGGAAUCUGGAGGUGGAGAGAGUUCUUCCACAGCUUAAAGUCACCAUCCGCACAGACAACAAGGAUUGGAGGGUUCACCUCGAUCAAAUGCAUCAACAUCAAGAUGGCAUCAACACAUCCCUGCAGGACGCCAAGGGUUGCCUGUUUAAGCUGAAGGAAGACAUCACUAAAACUCUGGAGAAAGUGAGCAGUCGUGAGAAAUACCUGAACACCCAGCUCGAGCAUCUCAUUUCAGAAUACCGCCAAGCGCAAACACAACUCAACAAGGUGAAGGACCUUUAUCAACAGGCCAGUGGAGGUGUCACAGAAAGAACCAGAAUUCUGGCUGAGAUCAGUGAGGAACUGGACAAAGUCAAACAGGAAAUGGAAGAGAAAGGCAGCAGCAUGUCUGAUGGAGCUCCAGUGGUAAAGAUCCGUCAGAGUUUGACUAAGCUGAAGCAGGAGAUUGAGCAGAUGGACGUUCGGAUGGGCGUAGUGGAGCACACGCUACUACAGGCCAAACUCAGAGAGAAAAAUAACAUGACCAGAGACAUGCAUGCAACACAUCUUUUAGAGCCUAGCGUACAGAAUUACUAACAUUUACACAAAUUAUAUAACUAGUGAGUUAAUUGUAUUUUACUAUAUAAAUGUUAUACAUUUUUAAUGUAGUGUAAAUGACAAAUUAUUUGGUAAUAAAAAUUGUGUCGUGGUCCCGUC